AUGGCGGCUGCUGCUGCCCAGCACCGCGGACGAGAUCGAGAUACCAGCAGCACCAACACCAACACCACAACCACCAACUCCACCAACACCGCAACAACAACAUCACCAGCACCAGCAGCCACGACUCCUGCUACUGCUGCUGCUAAUACGACCACUGCAGCCAUGGCCGCGGCAGCAGCAGACAGGUCGAGGGAGAAGGACGGCAGGGACAGGGACCGAGACGUGGGCGAGGCCGUUUCUUCAGAGACCGCGUCCAGUGCCACCACUCCUGCUCCCGCUCCCGCUCCCGCUCCCUACAGCACUCGCUCGCGAAACAGGCCCCGUAUCAACUACGCUGAAGACACAGAGCUGGAUGCUGAGCUCGAACAGCCGCCGCCGCCUGCUUCAGCUGCUUCUACGGGCACUAUCACUGCUGCGUCUGCCACGACAAAGGGCACCCCGGGCCGCAAACCAAGAGACAGAGACGCCGCGGCUCAGACUUCUUCUUCCUCCAGCAACACUCGCAUCGCCUCGCCGGCCUCCAACAGCGAGAGACCGCCGGGCAUGAGCACGCGCAGAGCUGCAGCGGCCGCAGCUAACAACGGCGCCGCUGCUUCGAGAGACAGAAACAGCGAUGGCCAUGGCCAUGCGGCUACCACCACGACCACCACCACUACCACAGCUUCCGCUUCGGCCAUUCCAGGCACUUCGACCUUCUCCGCAAACCCCAACACCGUCGUCGUCUCGUCGAAGAAGAGGAAACAGCCCGGCGCCAGCACUACAGUGCAGAAUGUCGUGCCAGCAAACGGUGCCGGACACCCCAGCAAGCGGUUCAUUGCCGCCGGUUCGCGCAAUUCAGAAGAAGCCGCUACCACCUCCAUGAUGACCUUUCGCUCCUCGCGAGCCAUGCUCAGAAAUGGCAAGCUAAAAGCAGACGACGGCACCCUCCUCGCCCCGAACGACCACGUAUAUUUGAUAUGUGAACCCCCGGGGGAGCCAUAUUACCUCGCGCGGAUCAUGGAGUUUCUCCCAUCAAAGGACAACCCAUCAGGCCCCAUUGAGAGUGUCCGCGUAAACUGGUACUACAGGCCCCGUGACAUCCAGCGCAAGACAAACGACCUCCGAGUCGUAUUUGCCUCUAUGCACUCGGAUGCCUGCCCUCUCACUUCUUUACGCGGAAAAUGCACCAUCAAGCACCGCACUGAAAUCGCAAACUGGGACCAGUACAUGAAGGCAAAAGACUGCUUCUGGUUCGAGCGCAUGUAUGACCGCUACAUACAUCGGUACUAUGACGUUAUUCCCACCAGCAAUGUCAUCAAUGUGCCCCAGCAUGUCAAGCAGGUUCUCGACGAGCGAUGGAAGUACGUCUUGGUCGAGAUUGGCCGCAGAAAGGAGCUUACCAGUGCCGUCAAGACAUGCAAAAAGUGCCAACAAUACGCCGCAAAUAAUGACUCGGUGGACUGCGCGGUGUGCCAUAAUACAUACCACAUGCUAUGUGUCCGGCCGGUGCUGCAAAAGAAACCAGCCAGAGGAUUCGCUUGGGCAUGUGGCCCGUGCAGCAGAGCUCAGGAAAAGAAGCUCGAGGCCAGGAACACUCCCAUUGUGGGCGAGUCGCGCACAAACAACGACACAGAACCUGAGAUAGUCGAAGAGGAAGAAGAGGAGCAUCCGCCUGCCGAUGCAGAAACAGCGGCAGCCACCCAGCGGAGUAGCCCGGCAAACGAGCAGCAACUGCAACAACACGCGCUCAAACCAGCGACAGCAGAGCAGAUCGCCCAGGCUAAACUGUGGCAGUUUCGCUACUUGGGCAUCCAUUGCCGCGUGGAAGAUGCGCUUGAUUACGACGAUCGCAUAUACCCGCGUGCUAGCUCUCGUUUGGGCAGCCGGCACCAGGCUAACGUCGUGCCAUGGUAUGGUCACCCGGUCGAGUACUUCAAACCCGUAGAGACAAAGCGGAAGUAUGUCCGGUCGGGGCCUAAAAAGGAGGUCAAGUUGUCCAAGGAAGCCCUGGCCGCACAGGAGGCAGACCGUGCCGAGCGAGCGUCACGCCCAAAGUGGGUACAGGAGGUACCCCCUGGUUAUAUCGCCCGUGGCGAAGACGAGCCCGUUACCGUGGACGGGAAGAAGUUUCAUACCGCGGAGUUACAGUUUAAGAUGCCGGACGCUUCACAGCUCUCCUCCGCUAGGGGGGAGGAUGAUGCGCCUGGCUCGCAUCUCUCGCUCGAAGAGAGGGAAAAAUUCAUCGACGAGUACAUGGUCAAGGCCAAGGAAGUGGCCGCCACCAAGGGGAUUCCGGAAUACUCCACAAACUAUCUCGACAAGGCCCUGGCGCUGCUGUACGAAGAGAACUUUAAUGUCGAGCCUGCUCUCACCCGACUUAAAGCAGUGCAUAAAUACAACGACCUCAAAGAACCAUACCUCAAACCUGAGGAGGUCAAGCUUUUCGAAGCCGGAGUAGCCAAGUACGGCUCCGAGUUGAGGAGUAUCACCAAACAUGUCGGCACCGUCAAGCAUCGCCAUAUCGUGCGGUUUUACUACAUGUGGAAGAAGACCCCCAAGGGCCGUCAGAUAUGGGGUAACUACGAGGACAGAAAGGGCAAGAAACUCGCUAAGAAGGCUGACAGCGCUGCAAAGCUGCUAGACGACGUUGCGGACGACCACGACGAUUCCGCAUUCGACAAUGACAAGGCCACGGAGAAACGCAGGGGUUUUACCUGUAAAUUCUGCAAUACCCGCUCUUCUAAGCGCUGGAGACGAGCUCCUGCCGUCCCGCCUGGCUUUACAAUACCGUCCGAACAGUCCGGAAAGCGCGAGAAGGGCAACAGACUAACCGUCUCUCUCUGUCAGCGUUGCGCGGUCCUUUGGCGAAAGUAUGGAAUUCACUGGGAAGAUCCUGAUGAGAUCGCGAAGCGUAUCUCGCAAGGUGGAAAUAAGUCGUGGCGUCGGAAGUAUGACGAGGGUUUAUUGUCUCAGCUUCUGACCACUUCCGAGUCGGAUGUGAGGAUCAACCAGACCACGGCCACUAUAGCGACUUCGAUUGGUGUACAUGUCACUACGGAAGUGGUCAAGGAGCCUCCAAGUAAUCCGCCUGAGCCACAGCAACAACAGACUCAACACCAACACCAGCAGCCAGCGAAGAAGAAGACCAAGACAACUGAUAAAGAUGGAAACGCCGGUAAUGCAAUCAUGGCCGAUGCGCCUCCGCCAGCUCCUACUCCGCAACAGCAACAACAACAGCAGCAGCAGCAGCAGACGUCGUCCAGGAAGAGAGCUGCCGAGAAGGUUGUGCAGGAAGCUCCUCCGCCUCUGGUCCCAGAACCGCCUCGACCCAAAGUCCUGCCUUGCGCUGUGUGCAAGAAGAUGGAGCCCAUGGGCGACCAGCACCUAUCCUGUCGAGACUGCCGCCUGACCGUCCACAGAGACUGUUACGGAAUCGACUCUUCCCGCCCAGCAGCAAAAUGGAUAUGCGACAUGUGCGCCAACGACAGAAACCCAACUGUUUCCACAUCAUACGAAUGCGUUCUCUGUCCUAUCACCGAGACACAGCAUGAACUGAUGGAGCCGCCCAAAACAUCCCACAAGAAAAAGAGCGAGCGAGAACGUGAAAAGGAGCGCCUCGAGCGCGAAAUGGUCAACGAAGCUAUCAAGCUUUAUCGUCAACGCCAAGAAGCAGCAGGCAAGCCGAUGGGACCCCGAGAACCUCUCAAGCGCACCGCAGGUAACAACUGGGUACAUGUAAUCUGCGCCAUAUGGCUCCCCGAAAUCAAAUUCGGCAGUGCCAAAGACCUCGAGCCGGCUGAGGGGAUCGAGUCGAUACCACAGGAAAGCUUCAAAGACCGAUGUAAGAUAUGCAAAUCCGAGAAUGGCGCUUGUGUUUCGUGUCGGGCUUCGACGUGUAAUGCGCGGUUUCAUGUUGGGUGUGCGCAUCAGGCAGGGUAUAAUAUGGGAUUCGACAUUACGCCGGUGAAAAGUACUAGGAAAGACGUUGUUUCAACUGCGACCAUGGGCGAGGAAACAGGUGUUGUUGUGCCAGUGAUAUGGUGUCCGCACCAUAAUGUGCAAACUAUAGUGCAUGAGAUGGGUGAAUCAAAGAGUUCGACGGAUGGAAAUGCCCUGCAGAUAUAUGCUAGGACCUUCAAGCAGGCUGAUCUUACGCUUACGGGCACGGCAAGGAAGGCUGCGUAUGUCCAGCACUCUUCGCCAUCGGGUGCUGGUAAGCGUACCUCUGCGGCUGCGGCUGCGGCGACGAAUGGUGUUGGACCAAGUACGGCGACGACGGCAAGUCAGGGACAGGGGCAGCAUCAGCAGGAUGAAGUCAAUGGUACCGGGGAUGGUGAGCAGGGCAGUGCUGGACAUGGGAAGGACGACGUUCCGAAGAAAUGCUUCAGGUGUCAGUCCGUGGCUAGCCCGAAGUGGUGGCGUCGUGCACAACCGCAUCAACAGCCGCAUCAACAGCAGCCCGUCAACGGUAUGGGACCACUGGAUCUAAUACGAUGGCCUAAUUCGAUGCAUCACGCCAAUGAUACAAAUGGUGAUAUACCCGAGCGCGUCGUCUACGAGUGUCAUAAAUGCCAUCUAAAGAAACACCAUACACCGCCGGCUCUUACGCCUGUGCUUGCACCGCUCCCACCAGUCUCCUAUGGCCCAUCCGACCGCGAUCGAGAAAUGUGUCCGGCUCGACUCCCUGAGUUCCAUAGAAAUGGCUAUGCUUCCUCUCCUCACGCUCAACCCGUUCAAGCGCAUGGCCCUGUCAUGUUCCUCCUCUU